UUUGCGGCUGCUGUUGUUGCUGCUGCGGCCCCCACCGCCGCCGCCGAGGGGCUCUGGGGGGAGGCGCAGACGGAGCCGGCGGCGGAGGAGGAGAAGGAGGAGGGGAGGAAGGGGAGAGGGGGAGGAGAAUGGAGCCCCGGGCGGCGGCUGAGCCCGAGCCCCCGCCCGCCUCCUCCGCCUCCUCCUCCUUCCAGGCCCGGCUCUGGAAGAACCUGCAGCUGGGGGGCAGCAAGAGCAAGGGCGGCGGGGGCGGGCGAGCGGGGCCCGUCCCCGGGCCGGAGCGCCGCACUGCAGGGACCCCAUCGCCCUCCCCGCCUCCGCCGGGGGGCAAGCGCGAUGGGCUGGGAGGCAGCAGGUGGAGCGGCUUCAAGAAGAGGAAGCAGGUGCUGGACAGAGUCUUCUCCUCCUCCCAGCCCAACCUCUGCUGCUCCUCAGCCGAGCCCCUGGAACCGGGCGGCGGUGGCGGUGGCGGCGGCGGCGGAGGCGGUGCGGAGCAAGGGUCCGCCCUGCGCCGCCGAAUCCGGGAGCAUUUGCUCCCGGCUGGGAAGGGGCCCGCGGCCGCGGCCGGAGCGACGCCGCCUGGCGGCCGCUCCCCAGACUCGGCGCCCUCCUCCUCUGCCUCCUCAGUCUCCUCCUCGCCUCAGCCGCCCCCUCGGGGGGAGCGGGCAGGCGAUGAGGGCUCCAAGCGGCUGGGCCCCAGAGCCCACCUGUCCCACCAGAAAAGCUCCUCUCUGCCCGGCACAGCCUGCCUGGAACAGCUCCUGGAGCCUCCGCAGCCACCGCUGCCUCCUCAGCCCGCAGCCCCCGAGCAGGAGCCUGCCCCGUCUGAGACUGGGACCCCGGAGAAAGGCGAGGAGGAACCACGGGGCAGCGGCCAGAGACUAAAUACUGUUGGAACUAGUAAUGCCGAUCCCCCUUUGGUUGAUCCCGGAAUGUACCAGUUGGAUAUUACAUUAAGAAGGGGUCAGAAUUUAGCUGCCCGAGAUCGUGGAGGGACAAGUGAUCCGUACGUGAAGUUUAAAAUUGGAGGAAAAGAAGUUUUUAGAAGUAAAAUAAUACACAAGAAUCUCAAUCCUGUGUGGGAGGAAAAAGCUUGCAUUCUUAUUGAUCAACCUAGAGAGCCUCUGUAUAUAAAGGUCUUUGAUUAUGACUUUGGACUACAGGAUGACUUUAUGGGUUCAGCUUUUUUGGAUCUCACAUUAUUGGAGUUAAAAAGACCAACAGAUGUGACUCUAACUCUGAAAGACCCACAUUAUCCUGAUCAUGAUCUGGGAACCAUUUUGCUGUCAGUAAUUCUUACUCCAAAAGAAGGAGAACAGAGGGAUGUGACCAUGCUAAUGAGGAAGAGUUGGAAAAGAUCAAGUAAGGAACUCUCAGAAAAUGAAGUGCUUGGAUCGUAUUUCUCAGUGAAGUCUUUCUGGUGGAGGACCUACAGAACCCCUGCAUUUCCAGCCUUGGGCUUCUUCAGAGCAGAGCUCCAGAAUCCUUGUUACCAAAAUACACAAUUUCAGACCCAAAGUUUACGUCUCUCAGACCUGCACAGAAAAUCCCACCUAUGGAGAGGAAUAGUCAGCAUUACUUUGAUAGAGGGGCGAGACCUCAAGGCCAUGGAUUCAAAUGGGUUGAGUGAUCCCUAUGUGAAAUUCCGGCUUGGUCAUCAGAAGUACAAGAGCAAGAUCAUGCCAAAAACACUGAAUCCUCAGUGGAGGGAACAAUUUGACUUUCAUCUCUAUGAAGAGCGAGGAGGAAUUAUUGAUAUUACUGCAUGGGACAAAGAUGCUGGAAAGAGAGAUGAUUUUAUUGGCAGGUGCCAGAUCGACCUGUCAGUCCUCAGUAGAGAACAGACUCACAAGCUGGAGUUACAGCUGGAAGAGGGCGAAGGACAUCUAGUGCUGCUGGUCACCUUGACAGCCUCUGCUACCGUCAGUAUAUCUGACCUCUCUGUAAACUCCUUGGAGGACCAGAAGGAACGAGAAGCAAUAUUAAAGAGAUAUAGUCCAAUGCGGAUGUUUCACAACGUAAAGGAUGUAGGAUUUCUCCAGGUGAAAGUCAUCAGAGCCGAAGGGCUGAUGGCAGCUGAUGUCACAGGUAAAAGUGACCCAUUUUGUGUAGUAGAACUGAACAAUGAUAGAUUACUGACUCACACGGUCUACAAAAAUCUCAACCCUGAAUGGAACAAAGUCUUUACGUUCAAUAUUAAAGAUAUCCAUUCAGUACUUGAAGUGACGGUUUACGAUGAAGAUCGAGACCGAAGUGCUGACUUCCUGGGCAAAGUUGCAAUACCGUUGCUGACUAUUCAAAAUGGUGAACAGAAAGCCUACGUCUUGAAAAACAAGCAGCUGACAGGGCCAACAAAGGGGGUCAUCUAUCUUGAAAUAGAUGUGAUUUUUAAUGCUGUGAAAGCCAGCAUCCGAACAUUAAUUCCCAAAGAGCAGAAGUACAUUGAAGAGGAAAACAGACUCUCUAAACAGCUGCUACUCAGAAACUUUAUCCGGAUGAAGCGCUGUGUCAUGGUGCUGGUAAAUGCUGCCUACUACAUUAACAGUUGCUUCGAUUGGGAUUCACCUCCAAGGAGUCUCGCUGCUUUCGUGCUCUUCCUCUUUGUGGUUUGGAACUUUGAGCUCUACAUGAUACCCCUGGUUUUGUUGUUGCUACUGACGUGGAACUACUUCUUGAUAAAAUCAGGGAAAGAUAACCGGCAACGUGACACGGUAGUGGAGGACAUGCUAGAGGACGAGGAAGAAGAGGAUGACAAAGAUGACAAGGACAGUGAAAAAAAAGGAUUCAUAAAUAAAAUCUAUGCUAUCCAAGAGGUGUGUGUCAGCGUCCAGAACAUCCUUGAUGAAGUGGCAUCCUUUGGAGAGAGGAUAAAAAAUACAUUCAACUGGACGGUGCCAUUCUUAAGUUGGCUGGCAAUCACUGCCCUCUGUGUGUUCACAAUCAUCCUGUAUUUCAUUCCGCUGAGAUACAUUGUCCUUGUCUGGGGCAUCAAUAAAUUUACAAAGAAGCUUCGGAGCCCAUAUGCGAUUGAUAACAAUGAGCUACUUGACUUCCUUUCCCGAGUACCUUCUGACGUACAAGUAGUGCAGUACCAAGAACUGAAACAAGAUCCCAGUCAUAGUCCAUGUAAAAGGAAGAAAAACAAUCUUGGCUAGCCAGCUUCACGCACUGAGGAGACCAGCAGCAUCUGUUUGAGAAAGAUAAAAGAAAAAAAAAAGCCCCCAGCCUCAGCAACAUUUCCUUCCUUUAUGUUUUUAUUUAUUUUGUCUUUUUUUUAUCAUGAUGGAGAGAAUCUGUAAAUAUUGUACAAAGGCAUAUGUCAUUGAAAAUAUACUUCCGUUGUACAGAAUCAGUUUGAUAAGGGUUUCAAGUUUGGCUCUGGUUAUGUGAAACCCUUGCUAGCUGUGGAUGAAAGUAUAACAUUAAAAAAGCCAAUGCAAAAAAAAAAAAAUACAUGGGAAGAUACUUAUGAUGGUUUUAGUGAACAGGCUAGAAUAUCGGAUUAAAAACUCAGCUGUGUCUGGUUAAAUCUAUAAAAAUGUAAAUCUCAAUCUGAUUCUUAGAGGUGAAUUGUGGUUUGUUUGGUUUUCAUUGACUAUUUUCUAUCCAAAAUAUUAUCCAUUGCAGUUUUUCUCAUUUCAAGAGGGGAGAAAAACAAUCAACCAGCCCCAUCAUUUGGUGGUGAAGUUUAUCAUAGAUUCUAUAAUUUGGACCCUAUUUACUUUGGGUGUAAAUUAACUUAGACUUGCUAGGGCUGCUUCUAAAUGAAUGAAUGAAUGAAUGAAUGAAGGUGCAUUUAGCCUUCAAGAGAAUUGUCGGCUCUUGAGGUCCAUGAGGAACAGAAGUUCCACUCCUUGUACAUCAUUCCAUUUGAGGACUUUAAAUCCUAGAUAGGUCUAAAAUUAAAUACUGCCAGGUUUCUAAGUGAUUGCAUAUGACUUUUUGUAUAGUACACAUGAUUAUACUAUAAUACUUUAAUUUGUACUGAAUUAUCAGAUUAUCAAACCCAGUAUGGUUAUCAAUAACAGCAUUAGCAAUCUGAAUCCAUAAUGGCUUUUGGUAUCCAGUUAUGAACACCCUUUGUCUGGCUAAGGAAUUUUAAUAAGUAACUGUUCUCAAGAGCUGGUAUUAGGGUAAUGGAUAGAACCAGCCUUGGCGUCAGGAAGGCCCCACAUUCAACACCUGCCCCUGGUGCAUAUUGGUUGUGUUCACAUGGGCAAGACUUAACUUCUCCAGAGGGCUUACUAAGACUACAAGUUAUUGGUUUGUAUUUAAAGAGUGAAAGUCUGUGGUUGAAGUUAACCACGCUGAUGGUGAAGAACUCUUAAAGUUUUCAUUUAAAAAAAAAGACUUUACUUUUUUAUGACAAUAUCAUAUAAAGUGCUUCAUUGUAUACGAUGGUUCCAACUAUCAAUAUGAAUUUUAAUUGAGGAGGAUGGAGCAUGGUGAGUGAUAUGCCAAUAUUUCAUUUCUUUAAUUUAUGAAAUGGCAAUUUCUACUAAUAUGGAUCUGGUCCCCCUGCAUGAAAAUCAGUUGUAUAAAUUAGACUGCUCAUUUAGGGAGGAAAAAUGGUUUACCUUUGAACAUUGUUCACUAAUCCCAGCAGAAUGAACACUUUCAGUUGCAUUUGCAAGACUCUCCACAGCAGUUUUUGUACUUAAUUCCCUCUGUGUCAAGUAGAGAAUACACCUCGAGAGAGAAAUCAUCUAGAGAGAAAUUCUCACUUUCCUGACUUGAUAGGGGAUCAAGCUUUGGUUGGAAUUGUUACAAAGAAUGUUUUCUACCAUUCUAAUAAUAGACUUGGGUAGGGAUUAUGUUAGAGUGAGUUAAAGAGAGACAAGUUGGAAAAAUGUUGGAGUGGGAGAAAUGUCUGUAUUUCUGUCUAGAGGAAUAUUCUUUAAAAAUGCACUUAUCUCAUGGAAACUGAUUUUAAAAAAUAUUUUAAGUGACAGAUAGAUUGAUAAAUACUGUUUCUUAUGAUAGCACUCUUUUGAUCCUUUCUGUUUAUACAAUAUGCUUGAAAGAUGCCAAUCAAAUUCCCUUUUUGCCAAAAGGCUUUGACCUCACUGUGCUCCUUGUAGCUCAUCCAGUUUAUCUUGAACAAUUGGGAAUGUGCACAUCCCCAUACUGUUACUAUUUGUUGUUAAGGAACAAUAUACCAUGAAUGAAGUUGUUACUCUUGAAACUUUAUUGAUGGGGACCUAUUGUUUGUUUGAAAUAACUUUCAGUUAGAGCUUCUGUAAAAUCUAUGUUCCAUUCUGGUGUCGUCUGCAGACCUCAGAUGAUCAGUAAGCCUGAUAUUCUUCUGCAAAGCUCAGAUGUGCCCAGUGGAAUAUUAACCAUUAAUCUAUGUGCAAAUUUCUGUUCUUUCACUGUACCCAAUUUCAGAUGUUUACUUCACUGGUAAUGUUUACUACACAUUUACUGCAUUAAAACGCAAAAGAGAAUGAUUAUUUCCAAGUAUAAUCAGUACACUCACAGUCCUACUCUUUUUGUCUCUCUUUUCCUGGAAUGCAUACCUUUUCUUAAAGUGACACUUUAAGUGAACAGUAGAUAGUGUUAGAAUUGGAGUCAGGAAGACCUGAUAUCAGUUCCUGCCUUAAACAUCAACUAGCUGUGUGACCCUGGGCAAGAAAUUACUUAUCUAUAAAAAUGGGGAUAAUAAUAGCACCUACUUUAAAGGGUUGAUGUGAAGAUGAAAUAAAGAGAACAUGUGUAAAGUACUUUGUAGGCCUUAGAGGACUAUAUAAAUGCUAGCUAUUCUCCUUAUUAUUAUUGUUACAGGCUUUGUUUGGUCAUUCAAAAAAAUUGUUCUGAUGCUUAGGAAGAAUUUCUUUUUUUAAACCUUAUUCUUUAUGAGCCGAGAGUAUGGGAAGAGAGAUUCCAGUAAAACUCUGGAAGUGGCAGGCAAAUAUAGGAGUAAUUACCCUGAACUAUUCCUCUGUAUGAUAACAUUUGCAUAGCACUUUAGGAUGACAAGGGCUCACAAACAUUCUAGAAGGUAGGUAGCAUAAGUAUCGUUCCCAUUUUGCAGAUGAAGAAACCCAGGCUCGGCCCUAAGACUUGCUUAGAGUCCUCUAGCUGGUUCAAGAACCUAGGACUCCUGACUUCAAGCACUGUCCUCUUUGCCCUGUGAAUGCUCCCUUCCUUAGCAGGCCAACAAUGCAGGAAGGGAUUGAUGUUAUUGCUACAGACAUGGCCUGGAAAUAAUAAUUGGGGGAAACCUGCUUAUUGUCGACAGCAGGGGACUGAGCCAUUUCUUUUUGAAAAUCCCUUCUUAUGAGGCCUAGAUCUUGUUUUCUCAGAGCUGUGUGAUAGAUUUCAAUCCAAAGUGCUCUUGCAAAGUCAGCUCUGUGAAAGCAGGGCUCAAACAUGCCUAUUCUCAACAGAUGAGCAUUGUAAGUGAAGCUGAUUUAGAACAGGAUUGCCAAAGCCAUGGCACUAAUUAACCAUGCCUCAAUAUUUGAUAGGGAGUAAGUUCAGUAAAAAUCCUUCAACUAUGUUUGGACAUAUUCCACAAACUUGUAUUAUCAGCCUUUGUGUAGGGGAGAGAAAAACUGCCUAGAACAACCUGAAUUCAAAUUCCACCUCAAGGGCAGCUAGGUGGUGCAGUGGAUAAAGCACUGAAACCGGAUUCAGGAGGACCUGACUUCAGAUUUGUUCUCAGACACUUGACACUUACUAGCUAUGUGACCCUGGGCAAGUCACUUAACCCUCAUUGCCCUGUAAAGAAAAAAAAACAAAUUCCAUCUCAAAUCCAUGACUGACUUUGUGAGUUUCUGUCUCUGUCGACACUUAAAAAGACUAAACAUUGUAAAUAUUCAUUGGUGGAGGAAAUUUCCUCAUUGGGUUUGUGUCUACACCAAUGAAAAGGUCCAAAUUUAAAAACAACAACAAAAAGAAGCAAGAAUUAUCCCUCAAAGGAGCAUACUUAGUCAUACUUAGUAUGACUCUUGGGAAUUUGGGUAGACGAUGUCUAAGGACUCUAAAUGAACUCAGUGUCUCAGCAUAGAGAAUAUACUCUAAAAAUCACAAGUUUUGAAAAGUUCUCAUGUUAUAUUGACAACAUUGACAUCAACUGAAUGUAAUUUUGAGGGAGUUUUAAUCAGUAAGUGUGACAAAGUUAGCAGAGAGAUUAUUAGGUAUCUGUAGAAUUAGGGGUUUCCCUUCUAAGCCUUCUCUCAUUUACUUUGUGAUUUCCACAGAGAGCUCUCCAUCCAUUUGACACUCCCAAACUAUUUUAAGAAAGUCCUUUAAUGGCAUGUCCACUCUGUAUUUAAGAGCAGAGGAAGUCUUAGUGAUGAGUUUUGUCACAUCUGUGAAUACAAACAAUUAACCGCUUGAUUUCUGUAUCCAAGUUGACUUUCUUAAGAGUUGAUGACUCCAGUCCCCUCUGUAUUAAAGACUCCCUGACUUAUUCAACAAGCCCUUGUUCCCUUUGUAUGUUUAAUACAUGUCUUGGGUUUUAGCACCAAAGUAGCAGCAUUGGGGAUAGCUAGGUGACACAACAGAGUAACAAGACUGGAGUCCAGAAGACUCAUCAUUCUGAGUUCAAAUCUGGCCCCAGACAUUAGCUGUGUGACCCUGGGUAAGUCGCUUAACCCUGU